GCUCCCCUGGGCUAAAUUGAGGUGUUCGUUGCAACGGUGAACCAAGCCACCAAACUAAAUGGUUGUAUCUCAUGAUUAACGGAUCAGAAGAGGAGCAAUGAGCUGAAAAGUUCCUGAUCAACUCAUAAUGACCUCUGGAAAAGAUCCAUUGACAAAGGAGCUGGAGGAGGAAUUAAAAAGGAGCACUGAUGAUCUUUGCAGCCACGCCUGGUUUCAUGGUCCUAUUCCACGGCAGGUAGCGGAAGCACUUAUAGAGAGAGAUGGAGACUUCCUCAUUCGAGAAUCUCGUUCUAGUCCUGGAGACUACGUGCUGAGCUGCACCUGGAAGCACGAGCCUCUCCAUUUCAAGAUCAUUCGUGUCGUCCUCCGGCCUAAGGAGUCCUACACCCGUGUGCUCUUCCAGUUUGAACAGGAGAGCUUUGAUAACCUCCCAGCACUGGUGCGGUUCUAUGUAGGAAACCGCAAGCCAAUUUCAGAGGACAGCGGAGCAAUAAUCUUUCAUCCGAUAAACCGCACCGUCCCCUUGAGAUGCAUCGAAGAGAAACAUAGGGGAGCAUCUGGUCAAAGACCGCAUGAUAGACAUCUGGCAGCCAGAAAUCCUGAUCAGAAUAAGAGAUUCAGCUUAAAUCUGUCUGAAGGAGUAUCUUUAGACCAGCUUGCAGCAGACAGCAACCUUUUGAGGAAUAAGGACAAGAGUGGCAGUCACCCAAAUAUUCUGGAUUAUGGGAAUGACAAAAAGCCAUUGCAGUCUGCCCAGUCUGACAGCUACCUUUCUGGAGCAGGACCCAAGGAUGUUGUUCAAGCAAAUGGAACAUACAAAUCAAUGCGUCCUUCAUCGCUAAUGUAUAGAACAGGGAGUGACCCACUAAUCAACCCCAAAGUGUUCCCAAAACGCUUUGGCUCACAGUCUGGUAUGGUAUUGAGAGGCUCCGAUGGACAGUUACACUGCAAGGCACCUCCAAAACCGCUUAGAAUUCCAUCUGUCAUGAUGUCAGGCACUCCACUGGAUCCAACCUUGGACAGAAGUGUCUACUGCGAGCUAGUGCCACACGUUCCUCCGGCCAGUCAGAUCCCCUCAUCGGCAAAGACUCACGUGGAGAAGUUAAGAACCACGGAACGAAUCAAGAGCCGAACCCGUAGGACAGAUACUGACUUUGGUCUCCUGGAUUUAGAUGCAUACUCAGCUUCCAUGAAGACCCACCAUGAGGAAGCUAACGAGGAUGAUGACGACGAGGACUGGUCAUUCGUACGGCCCCAUCUGGAGACCACAAGCUCGUUUAAACUUGACACUUUUGCUUCCAUCUUACUUCCUGCUGAUAACAAACCUCUUGAUCCAAUUGUGCUUAAGCAUCUCAAAGAAAUAUUUGCUGAUAAUGAUGCAAAGACUACAGCACUGCACAUUCUGAAAGUGGACUGUCAGGUUGCUCGGAUCACCAAUGUGUCCCUGGAACAGAAGAAGAUGAUGGGAGUGAGCUCGGGGCUGGCUCUGAUCACAUUACCCCACGGGCACCAGCUGAGAGUGGACCUCCUGGUCAGACAUCAUUUAAUAGCCCUGGGCAUUGCUGUGGACAUCUUGGGCUGUACAGGAAGUGUUGGACAAAGGUCUGCGGUACUUCACAAAAUUAUCCAACUGGCUGUUGAGCUAAAAGACUCCAUCGGAGAUCUCUUUGGACUUUCAGCCAUCAUGAAAGCCUUGGAGCUGCCACAGAUCGUGCGUUUAGAGCACACGUGGAGGACUCUGCGUCGGAAUCACACGGAUAGCGCCAUCAAGUUCGAGAAGGAGCUCAAACCAUUCACCAAGUCCUUGAAUGAGGGAAAAGCUGAGCUUCCUCUGCAAAAUAUCACCAUUCCACACAUUCUGCCCAUCAUCACACUAAUGGAGCGCCAAUCGGUGUCUGAUGUCAUGGAAACAUGGGAUAACAUAGAUCAGAGCUGCACAAUGUUGCUGAAGACGCUGGAGGCAGCUCGUACUGUGACACUGAAUGCUGCAACAUAUAGAGCCAACGCUGAGGCCAAACUGAAAGAUUUUCAAGCUAAAGAUGAAUUGUUAGAGGCCUUCAAGACCGAAUUUGCUUUAAAAUUGUUCUGGGGUGCCAGUGCAACUGAAGUUAGUCAGAACGAGGGAUACGAGAAAUUUGAUAAAAUCCUGAGUGCCUUGUCACGGAAACUGGAACCUCUGGGUCCAUCGGAAAUAUAGAUCAGCAUGACGGAUCCUUGUAAAGCAGCUUGGACCCAGGAUGGAAGAGAAGAACUGUUAAUAGUCCUCAUCAUAUGAUUUGACACAAUGGACAUGCCCUUGUUGUCUACAAUCUCUCUGGUGCCAUGCAGGAAAUGUUCUCAUCUUCAGUACAUUCAUCUCCUUCCUUGAUCUGCAAAGUAUUACUUUGUGACCAUGGAAACCUUGCUUCUUUGAUUGUACCUGCUAACUUCAUGACUUUCAUAACCUAGAAGGACAAGGUCAACGGGCACAUGGGAACAACACCGCGGCCGAGUUCCCUUCCAGGUCACAUGCCAUCUUCAUUCAGAUAUACAUGGCCAUCCCCUCAUUGUUGCUGGGUCAAAAUUUUGGAACUUGCUACUUAACAGCACUGUGGAAAUAAAUCCACCACUUGGACUGCGGUGGUUCAAGGUGGUGGUUCACUACCACCUGCUCACGGACAACUUGGGCUGGACAAUAAAUGCCUGCUUUCCCAGCGAUGCUCACGUCCCCAGACCUUUUUAAAGUUUAUUCACUCUCCCAUUUCCUGUGCUUCCUGUGGAAUGAUUGUUGGUGCUUAUAAUGACAUUCUGUUCGGAGGGAGUGGGGUGGGGUGGGGGGAAUCCCCUCGAUAAUUUUACCAAAACAUUAAGUAUAAAACAGGAAAUUUAGUUUUGUAGUCACAGAACUAUAGGAACAGGAGGGGGUCAGUUGUAUCUGCUUGCAGUUAUUUUGAACAACAAACCAUCCUAGGUUGGAAGGAAAUAAAUGGGAACCUAUAGCUAAUCAGUGACGGCAAACAUUUCACACAUCAGGUGAAUACGGUUGUUAGCACCCCGGAUCUAUCAGGUCACAAUAUGGAAAACAAUGGAGCCAGGCUGCUCCUCCUUCCAUCCUGUCGAGUUGACUUCUUCAUUUAACACUUUCCAUAUUCUAAUGAUGCCUCACUGAAAAGGCUUUGCAAACACCCACAGUUAUUGUAUCAAUUUACUAGCAUAUUUCAUAUCAUUUACUAUGUUGACAGGUUGUCCACUUCAGCCUUGGGAGCUGACAGGAAUGUCUCAAUCAGACGUCGGCCCCUCAUUAAAUGUAUUUACAGAUUCAGUGUGCGUUGAACUGCCUUUACUUGUUCUAGCUUAAAAUAAUUUUUGUAAAUCAAGAUUGGUGCUAGUUAGGUGUCAUUAUCGAUUAACAUGAGCUUUAGUAUUAAAAUAGCCACGUUUUGGAACGCC